AUGUCCGAGGCCGCUCCCGCCCCCGCCGCUGAGGCAGCGCCCGCCGCCCCGGCCCCUGCCGCCAAGGCCGCCGCCAAGAAGCCGAAGAAGGCGGCGAGCGGCUCCAAAGCCCGCAAGCCCGCGGGGCCCAGCGUCACCGAGCUGAUCACCAAGGCCGUGUCCGCCUCCCAGGAGCGCAAGGGGCUCUCCCUCGCCGCGCUCAAGAAGGCGCUGGCCGCCGGCGGCUACGAUGUGGAGAAGAACAACAGCCGCAUCAAGCUGGGGCUUAAGAGCCUCGUCAGCAAGGGCACUCUGGUGCAGACCAAGGGCACCGGCGCCUCCGGCUCCUUCCGCCUCAGCAAGAAACCCGGAGAAGCGAAGGACAAAGCUCCCAAGAAGAAAACUGUUGCAGCCAAGCCUAAAAAGCCGGCGGCUAAGAAGCCCGCCAGCGCCGCCAAGAAGCCCAAGAAGGUAGUGACAGCGAAGAGCCCCAAGAAACCUAAAAAGCCGGCCGCCAAGAAAGCAGUUAAGAGUCCCAAGAAGGUGACAAAGGCUGCCAAGCCCAAAAAAGUGGCGGCAGCAGCGAAGAGCCCGGCUAAGGCGAAGGCGGUGAAGCCCAAGGCGGCCAAGCCGAAAGCUGCAAAGGCUAAAGUGGCCAAGGCAAAGAAGGCAGCGCCCAAGAAGAAGUAAGCCGAUUAGUGGCGGAAAGUCUUUACAUUUAAACCCAACGGCUCUUUUAAGAGCCACCCACAUUUUCUAAAGAGGGCUGAAACGCUAAGGCUGCUGCCAUUGCGGGGGAAGGUUAAGCGGGGAGGUGUGCGGGAGAACGGCAGUCUGCUGCUGCUGGUGAAUGUGCUGUUUCCAGUUCAGGAAUAGCUCCAGGGGCGCUUCAAUUGGGAGGGGCAGGGUGGCAGCGUCCUGGAGGCUCCCAAAUUGUGCACAAGGCGCAGGGAUUGGGUGCGGAAGGGCUGAGCAGCUUCCCAGGAGCGCUGUCAGCCCCGCCCCAGA